AUGUUGGCGCUAAUAUUUACUGUUACCAUUUCGUUAUUUCUCCGAGAGAGUUUGUGUUCCUAUAUUAAUUUUGAAUCUGAUAGUGUCAUUUUUGGAGCACCAAAUUGCCCAAUAGAUAUUCCUUUAACUUGCACCAACUCGACCCCUAUAGAAAAUUCGUGUUGUUUCGAAUCACCGGGGGGUAUUUUAUUGCUGACUCAAUUCUGGGAUUAUUAUCCUCCAAUCGGAGGCAACGAAUCAUUCACUUUGCACGGAUUAUGGCCCGAUAACUGUGAUGGAACGUAUGAACAAUUUUGCGACGAUAGCUUGAACAUCCGCAGUGCCACUGACAUAGUGUUGAACCAAUUCAAUGACAAGGUUUUGUAUGGGAAGAUGUCUGAAUUCUGGAAGAAUUUCAACGGCAACGAUGAAUCUUUAUGGAUCCACGAAUUUAAUAAGCAUGCUACGUGUGUGAAAACAAUCAGGCCUACUUGUUAUGACCCUCAAGGCUACAUAGAAAACAAAAACGUGUAUGAUUUCUACAAUAUAACUAUGAAUCUUUACGAGAAAUUACCUACGUUUGACUUUUUAGCGGCCGAAGGGAUUGUACCAUCAUUAACUCAAAAGUACUCGAAGAAGCAAAUCAAUGAUGCAUUGACUAAACACUUUGGCAAGACUGUUUUUUUCAAGUGCAAUAAGUACAAUGCGUUACAAGAGGUUUGGUAUUACCACUAUUUACAAGGUCCAUUGAAGGAGGAGAGUUUCAUUCCCAUCGAUACAAUUGUUAAUUCGAAUUGUCCAGAGGAGAAUAUUCAGUUUAUUCCUAAGAAUGGCUUCAAACCUGGACCACAACCACCGAAGUCUCCUCGCAAGGGUUACCUUGAGUCUCCUGGCAAGAAUGGAUGUCUUAUCAGCAAUGGUUUAUGGUACGAGGCAGGAACCUGUGCAACAUAUGCAAUUUCACAGCAAGAAUUUGGUGGUUACAAGAUCAGAUCAUCGAAGGGUUAUUGUGGAAUGAACGCACAGGGUCAAUUUACUUGUAACAAGCAAAUUGAUCCGUCAAAGAACCAAUUCCAGUUCAACAAAGAUACUCGUAAAAUUGGUUACGGAGGAAACUUUGAAUGGUGCUUUGACACUGAACAUAAACACGGGGACGGAAAAACAGCCCAGACCCCAGUUAAAAUUAGUGAUGGUCAAUGUGAUUCAUUCCCUAUACAGUAUGGAGGUAAGUGA